UGUUCGUGCCUCCAUCCCUGGCGACCUUCUGCGGCUUCUGCAAAAAAAAAAAUGAAAAAAGUUGAGCAGAGAGACGACGUUGAUUAUGAAGAUGAUGAUAACAUCAAACAACCAAUUCAGAAUGCGGAUGGAGACAACGGUAGUGACACUGAAGAAGAGUAUGACUCUGAAACGGAUAGUAUGAAUAUGGAGAGCGAGGAAGAUGUUUUUGGAAACGAUACUAUUGGAGAGGAUGAGGAUGAAAGCGAGAGUAAUGAUGAUGAUGAUGGUAUGGGCAUGAAAAUAGAAGACAUCAAUCAUGCUGAUAUGGAAGACCUUGAGAAGGAGUACGAAGAUCUUCGAAACAAAGAACAAGACCUGUUCAGAAACAUAAGACGUGACCAAGAUGAUGAUAUUCUCAAAGGUCAAGCCGUAAAAAAUCAAAGGGCUCUCUGGGACAAAACUCUUGAGUUCAGAUUCUUGCUACAGAAGUCAUUUUCAACCUCAAAUCGUCUUCCACAGGAGCCAAUCCGAUCUGCUUUCUGCAAUUCCAGUGAAGAAGUUAAAGAAGCUUAUUCAGACCUAUUUGAUUCAUCUAAGAAAACCCUUGAUUCUAUUCUUAAAUUGCAGGAGACGCUUAUUGAAAAGAAUCCGUCAAUUAUGGAUGCAACUGAAGGUGAUGCUGCACAAUAUUCUAAAAGCUUAGACGCUUUUAAGAACUCAACUGAAGGAGAUGAAGAAUGGUUUCGGAUUUCUCAAAUGCAAUCUAGAAUUGCUCCUUUUAGAAACAUGUCAGUUGAUAAAUGGCAGAGGAAGACACAGGUGACAAGUGGUGCAGCCGGCAUGAAAAAUAAAUUUCAAGCCUUUAAUCAGAAUAUCAGUGAUCAAGUUGCGUCAUACAUGCGGGACCCGAGCAGAAUGAUAAAAGGGAUGCAGCAAACGAGAUCCGUUGUCCCGGUUUUUGGUGAUGUUUCUGACUCAACUCUAGAUAUGAAUGAGGCAAUAAAUGCUGAUGGUGAUCCUGAACUUCUUGAUGAUUCUGAGUUCUAUCAACAAUUACUGAGAGAAUUUUUUGAAUCUGUUGAUGCGGGAUCAUCCGAGACUGCGUUCUAUGCUCUGAAGAGAUUACAAACUAAGAAACGCAAAAUUGUUGAUCGGCGUGCUUCUAAAAGCCGAAAGAUUAGGUAUCAUGUUCAUGAGAAGAUUGUGAAUUUCAUGGCUCCUGAGCCCAUGAACAUACCUCCAAUGGUCCCCAAGUUAUUUGAGAACUUAUUUGGCCUCAAAACCCCCAAACCUGCUUUAGUAUCUUAGGAGUAAAAUCCAAAUAUUUAUGAAGUUCUGUAGAUCUUUAAUUUGCAGUGAACUUGAUUUAAUUUACAAAGAGGCCUAUUUAAGAAAAUGCGUUACUUAGAAUGUUUAAUCCUCAUUUUUGGUAUUAUUUGACAAAAGUACGCUUGGUUUCGUA